CAUCGUUGAUACCAUCAUCACCCCCAGUCUGCGUCUUCAUCUGUCAGGCAUUCGCAAAAUAUACCUGGCACGUACACACAUUCUUUUUCCGUGCCAACCGUCACAUAUUUCACAGGUUUACGGAUGAGGAGUCAAGCACAAAAUCAACUCGCGUCUCUCAAUAUCGUAGAAUAAGCGCAAACAAUGCCAAAGCGCAAAAGAACAAUGUUCUCAAGUCACCAGCUCAAGCGCCGGAAGGUAACCAGAUCAGGUUUGAUAGAACAACCGAUUGCUAGAACCUACCCGGAAAAUUCCUUUUUGGGUCUCCCAGCGGAGCUACGGAUUGCAAUCUUCUUCCACGUCUUUCACACGGAGCCAGGAAAGGACAAAGAUCUCCAAGUCCUCUUGACAUGCCGCCGGUUCUACCACGACGCGUAUGCCUUGGCUUAUCUGGGCUGUGUCCUCAAGAUCAACGGAUUCGAAACCACCGAUCAGAUAAGUGCCAGGAUGUUGUCACUGCGGAAACUAUCUCCCUACUUCAGAUCUAGCAUCAAAACCAUCCAGUUUUGGCAUUACAAAGACAUCGGCGCAAUCCUCAGAUCGGGUAUUUUCCAGCCUACACGCCUCAUCGACAUGUGCCCCAUGUAUGGCAUACUGUCAGACUUAAUAUUAAGAGUUCUCUAUGACCUUGCAUGUAGUAAUUCGAGCUCAAAGGUGGAUUAUAUCCUUUCAUGUUGGUACAUGAGGCCCGUGCCUAUAAUUGGACGCAGCGAAAUUGAGAGUGCUCGCAACAGGAUCGUCUCUGACAGUGGAUGGAAGAAGAAGCUUAUGCACGGCAUUAUGAAGCGAUAUGAGGAGAUUCGGGUCGGAGAGAUAUGCGAGAGGGGAGUCCACGUGUCUCUUGGAAUAGAGGCAACAAGGCUUGACGGAUCGCAUCUUCAGUUUCGAGUGAUGACAGACGACGUGUCAGUCCUAUGA